AUGGGAUGUUCAGACGUCAAGCAAUUUCUUUUAUGCACUGGAGAUGUGACUAAGAAUUUAAAGUCGGGAAUUUGGAACGCUUCUCGUUCGGUAUCAAAUCUAGAGUUGAUCAAGGCAUUGGAAAAUGGCAGCUUACAAGAACUUAAUAACGCUGGAGACAUGGUAGACGCUCACACUAAAAUUUUUGUUGCUCCAAAUGAUCCCCUUCAACAUCUGGAUGGGAAAGCCGAUGACUAUGAAAUAAUUGUGAAGCUGUUCUUUUUGGAUGGAAAAAAUGAUAGUCUUGACGGCAGACGUGGGACCACUGAUCAAGUAUUCUUGUAUUUAAAUCAGUUGCUAGGGAUCAACAAUGUUUCGACACUGGUUGCUUCUUUUCCCCAUGUAGUAUUUUCGAAAGAAGGGUUAAAGGUUACUCCGGAUUCGCGAGUAUAUUCUUCCAUAGACGAGGUUCCUGAAGAAGAGAUUCAAUCUUGGAUCGAUACUUGGAAAAUCCUGGAAGGAAAAGUCCGUCAGGGAAAAGUAGGGACUUUAGGUAUCAGUGAAUUUGGUGUCCCAGAGUUGGAGAAACUGAUUCCUAAUGUAGAGAUCUCACCCGAAUCUACUCAAAUCAAUAAUGGAGGUGAAUGUAAGCUUCCCUUGGACUUGGCAAAGUACGCGGAACAGAAGCGUUUAAAAAUUUUCUUUCAUUCUGAUCCCCCAAUAUUCAUUGAUGAAAACGAAAUCACGGAAGCCAUACGCCAUGCCUGUCCUAAUUUACCAGCACGGGCUCAUGCGGAUUGGGUUGUACGAUAUACAAUUCUCUCUAGAAAAACAUCCGUCAUUCACAGAAAAGGUUACUUCGUGAAAGCAAGUUUUAUGUGA